GGCUUGGCAGUCGCCAAAGCUGGCAGAGAGCUGAGAAACUUUGUGUUGAGUGGGCCAGACUGAAAGAUACGGGCGUCGAAACACAACAACUAGUCGAGACUAGCAGAUGCUGGUCCAGAAGGUUACUAACAGGAUGAGGACAGUCCACCACGUGGGCCCACAGGGAUUAGGAGUCAGUGAGAGGUAAACAGAUUAGUCCAGAAAAAGAGCCAGCGUUUUUAACCUCAUCACUCCCCUCACACCCAGCAGAGCAUCUCCGCACACUUGAGACCAAAUCUGUACCCGCCAUCUGUCAGGAAUACCACCCAAACCUACAGUAGUGCCCACACACGGCCCCGUCCAUGGAAGCCCGGACACAUAAUCGAUGGAAAUUAACUCUUUCUCCCUCGGACGUCAGAUAAGUCAAUACGGAAUGUCUUUUCUUUUCCAAAUGAGCAACGUUACAUUCAAAAGGACAUAAUCUACUGCAACAUGCCAUUGAAAACAGGAUUAUUCCUCAUUCUGUUCUUGUUUACCCUCCAAGCCACUGGAAUCAAAGAACCCACUGCUGACGACUUGGUUUUCAAGAUCAGAAAUGUGAAGUACAGGCACUUUCUGGAGACUCCGCAACAAAACAGACAGUUGACAGAUGGCAGAGAUUCACUUUCUCUAGACCGCCAUCGUGCAAAGAGAUCAGCGCUGUUUGGGACGGGGGUGAAGGUCUGUCCUCAGGAGAGCAUGGCGGAGGUCAUCACCAGCCAUAAAGCCUACUAUAAACUCAGAGUUUGUCAAGAAGCUGUGUGGGAGGCCUUCCGGAUCUUUCUCGACAGAGUUCCUGACACCAUGGAGUACCAGCAGUGGGUGUACGCCUGUCAGAGAGACUCGCUUUGCAUAGAGGAUUUGGCCCGAAAUUUCAGUAGCACGCAAGAGCAUCUUGACAUCGUAGCCAGUAGAGUGAACCAACUGGAUGAACAGGAUAGGGCUCUCACACCUGCACCAGGCGAGAAAUGUUCAAAGAGUCCUGCUGAGCUUUUCAUCAUGGAAUCUGACAGCGAAACUGGGGCACCAGAUGUUGUCCCUCAGAGGCCGGUGGAGCACAUUGUGCGGUUCAGUGUGACUGUGGUAGACCCGGUCUACAGCGCACUACUGAGGGAUCCGGCCAGCCCUCAAUAUGAAGACCUCACUCGCAAUCUUCAUGAUCAGAUGCUGCAUGCAUUCGACAAACUUCCUGGGUUUAAAGAGAUUCAAGUGCUGGGAUUUCGAGCUGGGGGUGUUGAAGCGAGCUAUGCUGUAGUGUUUGAGACUGAUGGGACACAGGCCAUAGGUGACACAGACUCCACUGAUGAAUAUGGCAUACAGGGGGUCCUAAAGGGCAUGGUGGUGAAGGUGCUAAAUGAGGACACAUCACUUCCUGUGGACGUGCGUUCCCUUACUUUUGAACCAGAUUCUUCAACAGCAGACGGGCAGGAAAACUUGAACUCCGGUACUCAAAUCAGUGAGAAGUCAAGAGUUUUACCUGGGGAAAUGAGUACACCGUCUACAAAAGCUGACUCAGAUGAUUCUAUAGUGCCUUCUGGGAGUCUAGGCAUCCCAUUUAAAGAUGUAGACCCUGAUAGGACUUGGGAUUUGGGUGUGGGGACAGAAAGGAGUUUUAUACAGAAAGUACCCGAUAUAUUGUCCCAUGCUACUGCACUACCAGCAGGAGCAGAGCUUAUCAGCAGCCCCAGUCUUGAGGGUUCAAAGGCAGCAAGUCUAAUCACUGAAGACACUUUAGCGACCAAAGGUUCACAGGGAAGCACUACAGUGGAUUACCUAUCAAAGAUGCCUGAAGACCAAGAGGGUGCAGGAAAUGAAAUUGUCUCCACAGCUGCACCACUGGACUUAAGAUCUUUUGAAGCAGAAAAGGCAUCCACUUUAGCUCAAUCUGAAAUGGAUUUUGAUUCGACACCAGAGACUACUCCUGCAGAGGCAACAUCAUCAAUCUCGACUUUGAUAACCCCUACGGAACAAGCUAAAGGGGCUAUAUUUCAAGUAGAUGAUACAAUUGGCCCAUCUGAAUCUUUAGAGACCUCUAACGUAGGUAUUCCCUCAUACCCUACCAGUCCAGUUGAUAGCCCUGCGAUCCCAACUUCAAUUGACCCUAGUGACCACUUAGAGCCGCCAUCUGUCAGUGUCACCGUAGACACACUCCAUCUAAAGGUGACUCCUGCUGGACCUACCACUCCGGAACCAAUUCUCCCAGCAACAAUUCUAUCCCAGCUAACACCCACCGAAGACCUCAUUUCACACCCGACCCCAAACAAUUUCCUGGAUGAACAGGAACAGGUACUCCGGACAGCUUCAUCUCCCCCUCAUGAAGGUGGUGCAGAUGAUGAAGGAGAAACAAAACAAGAUGUAGAACAAUCUGAUGAGGAGGACGAGACUCUAGACUUGGGGAGUGGUUUUCCCUCGGAGAUUGACGAGAAUCCCCAAUCCUCGGCGCGCCCUCUAGGUUACGUUACCACUCCUUCGAUAAUGGCUUCUAACCAGGCCAAAGAGUUAGUGGUGUUUUUUAGUUUGCGUGUGACUAAUAUGAUGUUUUCAGAGGACCUUUUCAACAAGAGUUCCCCCGAGUACAAAUCACUGGAGAACACGUUUCUCGAACUGAGACAAUUCUCCGAACCAAGUGACUCAACAAACCCAGAGGCCUCUAGUCAAGUACCUGACAGAGAACAGAAGACAUUAGCCUCAAUACCGCUUCUGCCGUAUCUCCAGUCCAACCUGACCGGAUUUAAAGAGUUGGAGAUUCUGAACUUUAAGAAUGGCAGUGUGGUUGUAAACAGCAAGAUGACAUUAAACAAACCGGUUCCAUACAACGUUACUGAGACGGUGCAGUGUGUGCUUGAGGAUUUCUGCAAUGCGGCGUCUAAAAGACUGAACAUGGAAAUUGACUCCCAAUCAGUGGAUGUGGAGGCAGCUGACCAUGCGGACCCUUGUAAGUUUAUGGCGUGUAAUGAGUUCUCCCGCUGCGUGGUGAACACACUCACAGAAGAGGGCGAGUGUCUGUGCGACCCAGGCUACAGCACGGUGGACGGCGAUCCCUGCACGAGCAUCUGUGACCUGGAGCCGGAAUACUGUCUGAAUGGAGGACUGUGUGAAAUUAUACCAGGACACGGAGCGACCUGCAGAUGUCCUGUAGGUAAAUUCUGGCACUAUCACGGAGAACGCUGCAGUGAAUUGGUGUCUGUUCCAGUCGAUCCUGUCCUGUUCGUAACCUGCCUGGUGGGAAGCCUCUCAGUAGUUUGUGCUGUGAUAGGCAUCUUGAUUUUCAUUAACAAGAAAUGUAUACGGACCAGAAAGAGCAUGAGACUUGUACGUCCACAAUCUGCAUUCCCCUUUGGUAAUACUAUGAGAGUAAAUCCAGUUUUUGAGAAUGACGAUGGGGUCUUAACACAUGUGUCGAGCAUCCUCUGUCCCAUGAGCUCUGACUCAGCCUCCUUACAACAAUCAGGCCAAGGCACAUUUCGCUCAAUUGAAAGUUUACAACUCAGUAUUGAGAUCCCCAGACAACUCUACACCAGAAGAUCAGAAAAGUUAAUGUCAGAAAUGGUUGACUUCCAUCAGUAUAUACCACAUAAUGAGAUGCGCCGGACAUCCAGCAGGAGUUCUUGCUGUUUUUUGAGGAGUCCUGAUAGUGAAGGCUUCGAAGUGACUGUUUUAUGAUGUCCAGACACUUUUAUUUUUCAGCUAAGCUUGUCACCAAAGCUCUUCAGUGCAUCUCAAGCAACUCAACUCCGCUGUUUUCUUGUAGACAUCUGGUGAGUUUAUGAUGCAACUCAAGGAUCUGCCAUACUCUCGGACAACUGAAGGAAUACCUCCAGGAAUGAGGACUUGUGUUUAGAUCAGAUCUGAACUUAUUUUUAAUUGUACCUGCAAAACAAAAAAAUUCAAUUUUAUAUGAGAUAUGCAAUGUUUUUGCUGCUUUGAACCCUGGUCAAAGGUUUGUUUCCUUCCUCACAAUGAGGUAUUUAUUUACAAGUAGAUACACUGGGCUGUAUCUCUAUUCUAGUUUGUCCUGAGCAUCCCGGACUAAGAAACUGAAUGUAAAGUGUUUCUUUAAACAGUUAGUUCGACCAGAAAUUAAAUUUCUGUUCUGAAUUACUCAA